GAUCCACCUCGAUACCUGCCUGAGUAAUCACAUGACCCAGAAAGGAUACUCGCUGGAGCCAGAACUCGCAUUUGGAGAAUUUUGCAAACAAAUUUUCUCGUCUGAGGGUUUCUAUAACCACUCUCAGAUGCUUCUCGUGCUCCUUCUGGCUCUUCGAGUAGAUAAGAAUAUCGUCAAUAAAGACAAUAACGAACUGAUCGAGGUAGGGAUGGAAGAUACGGUUCAUGAGGUCCAUGAAAACAGCUGGCGAAUUGCUGAGACCGAAAGGCAUGACGACGAACUCGUAAUGGCCGUAACGAGUCCUGAAAGCGAAUCACACAUGAAGACAGUCAAGCAUAUCAUCAAAUAUGUUGCAGGUACAUCUGACUACGGGUUAUUUUACUCUGUUGUUACGAACCUACAUCUUGCAGGCUAUUGUGACGCUGACUGGGCUGGAAAUCUUAAUGAUAAGAAAAGUACUUCUGGUGGUUGCUUCUAUAUAGGUCCAAAUUUGGUGUCUUGGUUCUGUAAGAAGCAGAACUUCAUUUCUCUCUCUACUGCUGAAACCGGAUACAUCGCGGCGGGGAGUUGUUGCUCUCAGUUGAUCUGGAUGAAACAAAUUCUCUCUGAGUAUGGUAUAAAGGUACAGUCGGCCCAACUUUUUAGUGGCAACACUAGUGCAAUAAAUAUUUCAAAAAAUCCUAUCCAACAUUCUCGUACCAAACAUAUUUAUAUUCACUAUCAUUUUAUUCGAAAUUUGGUAGAAGAUGGUAUUAUU